UGUUUAGUCUGUUGUCAGCGGUCCUUUAGUAUGAGCUCGUUACAGGAAAUAUGCGUACGAUCAGCUGAGUCAUGUGUUUUAAUAGUUUUGGCGAUGUUUCCUUUUCACUCGUACUCAGCAGGAGGAAAGCGACACUGAUGUAGCUCAGUCUACAGCUCACAGACACCAUGGGGCAGCCUAGACUCAGGAACUCUGCCGGCGCCUUUGCUCCGUUUCAUCUAAUUGCUGCUGUUUUCUUCUACACAUUGCGAGCUGAGGCAGUUCCAGCUCUGGUUGAAGACGGUUUUAAAGAGGUGAAUCUCGAACUGGAUGUUUCUCGUGUUGACAAAAAAGUGAACGAAAGAUUUCUCUCCGUGGCUAUAGAUGCAGAUUUAAUGGCCCGAGAGAAGUUCAUGUACCUACUUGGAUCACCAAAACUGAGAAUUCUAGCAAAGGCAUUGACUCCAGCGUUUUUGCGAUUUGGAGGAACUGAGCAAGAUUUUAUGCAGUUCAGCCCACAGAGGGAACUUUGCACGUCAAACGACCACAGUUCCCUUCAUUAUCCAGGACAUUCCUGUGACAGGUUUGAGCUUCCACCUUUGCAAGAAAAGAGGCUGAAGCAGGAAUGGGCACUGCAGACCUCAGUCUUACACCAGGAAGAGCUGCUUGGAAAAUACAGCAAAAUGAAUUUCUCAGAAAGUGCAGUGGACCUGCUGUAUGCCUUUGCAAACUGCUCUGGAUUGGACCUGAUCUUUGGGUUGAAUGCGCUGCUCCGAACCCCUGACAAUGUCUGGGACAGCCAGAAUGCAGAGCUGCUGAUGAACUACUGUGAAUCCAGACAGUACAUCAUGUCCUGGGAGCUGGGCAAUGAACCCAACAGCUAUGAGAAGAAGGCAGGAAUCAGGGUAGACGGUUACCAGCUGGGCCAGGAUUUCCGCCAUCUUUAUAAGAUCCUGCAGAAAUCUAGAAUCUACAGCUCAUCAGGGCUGUACGGACCAGACGUCAGUCAGCCAAGAAACCACCGCAAAGAUCUACUUACAGGGUUUUUGGAGACUGCAAGUAAUGCCAUUGACGCGUGUACCUGGCACCACUAUUAUGUCAAUGGUAGAGAUACAUCCUUGGAGGAUUUUAAAGAUCCUGAAGUGCUGGACACACUGGCUGUCAAAACUAAUGAGGUCCUUGAGACUGUGUGGUCGGUGUCUCCUGGGAAGAGAGUCUGGCUUGGAGAGACGAGCUCAGCAUAUGGUGGUGGUGCCUUGGGCCUCUCUGACACAUUUGUUGCUGGUUUUAUGUGGCUGGACAAACUUGGACUUGCUGCCAAGAUGGGUUUGGACGUCGUCAUCAGACAGGUGUUGAUUGGCUCUGGUACAUACCAUCUGGUGGAUGAUAACCUCGAUCCACUUCCAGAUUACUGGCUGUCAGUGCUUUAUAAAAGGCUAGUUGGACCCGAAGUGCUGAAAGUAGAAGUUGUCUCGAAUUCAAAGCACAAACGGCUAUUACGGAUGUAUCUUCAUUGCACUAACAGAAAAAGUUCAAGUUACAGACAAGGUGCAGUCACGCUGUUUGCCCUAAACCUAAGCAAAAAUCAAGCCACACUCAGUCUGCCAGCCCUCUUCUCCAACAGCACCAUUGAGGCUUAUGUACUCCAGUCAGCAGAGUCAGGUGUGGACGGACUCCAGUCCAGGGCUGUUAGACUGAAUGGAGUUUUGCUCAAGAUGGUGGAUGAGCAGACGCUCCCUCCUCUUCAGGGAAUAGACCUGCGACCUGGAGAACAUCUUAAACUGCCUGGACUGUCCUUUGCCUUUUAUGUUCUGAAACAAGCACGUGCUCCUGUUUGCUGAUAAGGGCUAAGAAUAAGAUGAAUUAUCUGUUUACCAUGACAGCCUUGGUUUUUUGUUGUUGCAGAAGUUGAAAAUGAAUGUAGCACUGUAAACUUUGAUGUAUGCCAAAGAACCUGGAAGUGAGUAUGUUUGCAUUUUUUUAUAAAAUUUCUACAUUACAAGAAAAGACUUCAACAUUUUUUGUCAAGCUACUCUGGUAUUUUUAAACAAGUGGCAUAGUUUGUCUUAUAUGUUUUGUAAGAUAUCAAUGCAGUAAUGAAGAUUAGAUUAAUUUAUCAUCAUCAUAUUAGCAUUAAAAAAACACGAACACCAGAUGUUAUACAUCCCCAUCCUCCAUCAUGCUUCACUGAUAGUCAUAGAUAUAAUUCAAAGUCUUUUAUUGCUUCAGUGUUGUAUAUACUGCCUUUUGUUACUUCCAAAGAUCUCUAAUUUAGAAUACUCACUCUGUGAAACCUUACUCCACAUCUCAAAUGUCCAGUUUUGGUUUGAUUAUGUAACAAAGGGAUUCCUAGUGCAGUCUUCUCAAAAUGGAAGAAUAGGUAGAAAUAUCAGUGGGUUUGAGAACCAAAACAAGAGUGGAGCUUGAUUUUCUUGAUUUUUUUUUCCUCUCUCUUAAAGGUGAAAGCUUUAAGUAUUGUUUAUAUGAUGGUGACAGCUUUGGUGGUCUCUCAGGUAAUGCAUGUUAGGAGUCUCGUUUAUUAACUUUUUUUUUUUUUAAUAACAACCUCUCUACCUUUUUUUUAAACUCCAGAUUCUCCUUUUUACGCAAAUGGAUUUUCUUAUACGUAAUCUGAUCAGAAUUAUAACCUUUUUCUGCCACUGAACAAGGGAAGAACUUAUUGGCUGUUUUGACUGGACACUAAAUAAACGAAAGAGUGGUCACUGACUUUUGCAAAAGUAUAGUAUGUUCAUUAUUACAAUUUUUAAAAAUGCUGUUUUUAUGGUUCUGGUAGUUGUAUCGGUUAUUUCCUUAAUUUCUAGAUAUAUUUAUCACUCUUCAUGAGGUUUUAUAGCUUUUUAGAGUGUCUUUGUUGACAGGAGAGUAAACAUGGUGUGCGUGGAAGAAUUUAA